CACAAUGAUGGGGAACGACAGCGCCGGAUAUUCUCACAGACAGAAACUUAAAUGUCCCCCCGACAGCCGCUAGCUCCGGAAUUGCCUCAAUCUCGCUGGUGGACACAACUCCACAAGGAACACCACGAGACAUUCCUCCAGUGCCGUGCACUCCAUGUAUUCCCCGCUCUUUGCCUUUUUGUCUCCCCAUUUAUGCCCUCUCCCCCUAAACUCCACGUCGUGGCAUCCAAUGGCAUUUGGUCUCGUCUAGGAUGCCAAGCACUACCAGCAGGGCUCGGUCCUGUAAAUUCCUCCCCUUUGCUUCCAUUCUCUAGUGUUGUCGAAUUCUCCACUAUUUCGAUACUGCUGUUUCUCCAGGUCCGCAUCCGAUCUUGACUCGCUUCUAGGAUGAAUAAGAUUUUAUAUAAGACCUUCCCACCCCUCACCCGAGAGCGUCGUUUAAUCUGUAGCCAAUCUCCUCUUUCAGCAUACGAACACUUGCCAAUAGGCUCUCCUCUCCUUCAAGAUGGUGUCCAAAAACUCAGUACUCCAGCAUUUCAACAAAUCCUUGACCCUAGCUUGCAUGCUGAUUGCCGUCUCAACAUUCAACUAUGGAUUUGACAAUGCCGGAUUCAAUACUACACAAGCCAUGGACGGCUUUCAACAACAAUUUGGAAGAUACAACUCCGCAACGGGCAAAUACUUCCUCCCACCUUCAUGGUUGUCCCUGUUCAACAGUCUAAAUUACAUUGGAUUUGGAGUGGGUGUUAUGGUAGGAAGUCUGGUCAGUGCUAGAUACGGUAGACGCAUGUGCAUGUUCUCGAUGAGUUGUUACGCACUGGUAACAGCGACAAUUGCCAUCACAUCUACGACUCGCGAGCAGAUCUUGGCUGCUCGAGUUUUAAAUUAUAUUUACGUUGGUAUGGAGCUUGCUGUUGUUCCAGUGUUCCAGUCAGAAAUUGUUCCUGCCCCCGUUCGUGGUUUAGCUGUUGGGUCGUACCAAUUCAGUUUGAUGUUUGGGACCCUUAUUGUGAACUGUGUUUGCCGUGGCACGAGCACAUUGGAGGGAAAUACAGCAUGGAGAAUUCCAAUUGGUCUUUUCUAUCUCGUGCCCACCAUCGUACUUUGCCUGGUCUGGUUUAUACCAGAGUCACCACGUUGGUUGUUGACAAAGGACCGAGUUGAGGAGGCAAAGGCUGCAUUCUACAAAUUCCGGGAAGGGUGCGUUAGCGAUGAAGAAAUUGCUGCCGAGUUCGAAGCACUACAAUUGGCAUUAAGACUCGAGCCCGAACAGGGGAAAUACAUGGAGCUUUUCCAAGGCGUCAACAAGAAGCGAACUGCUAUCGUCGUUGCCAUGAACUUCUUCCAACAAGCCACCGGUCAGGCUUUUGCUUCGACUUAUGGUACAAUCUUCAUCAAGGGUCUUGGCACGAUCAAUCCUUUCAACAUGAGCAUUGUCAUGUCUGUCAUCAAUCUGACUUUAGUCAGCACGGGUCUGUUCCUCAAUGAUCGGAUAGGGCGAAGACCCCUUCUCUUCAUUGGCGCCAGCAUUCAAAUCGCUGCGAUCCUCACUAUGGGUGGUCUCGGCACCGUCUCAAACCCCACAGACGGGCAUAAAAUUGCAAUCGUAGCCAUGCUCAUUGUGUUUUCGGCCGGCUUUGUCUUUGCAUGGGCACCUCUGACUUAUGUCAUCACAACCGAAGUCUCCGCACUCCGCCUUCGUGAUGCUUCUCAGCGUACGGCCUCAAUGGUCAACGUUCUGAUGAAUUUCGCUGUCAACUUUUCCCUCCCAUACUUGCUUUAUGCACCAUACGCCGCCCUGGGAUCAAAAGUCGGAUUCAUAUUUGGUGCGAUUGCAGUUUGUGCUUUGAUUUUUACGUUUUUCUGUGUUCCGGAGUGUAAGGGGAGGACACUGGAGCAGGUAGACAGGAUGUUCAUCGAGGGUGUUCCAUUGAGGCAUUUUGGAAAUCACCAUAUCACCGAUCCAGAAGAGACACUGGAGAAGGGAGAUUUGGGGGUUGAGGUUAAAGCGGUGGAGAAGGUGUAACUUGAUAUCCGGAGCUGUUGGUCAAAAGUGGAUACUCACUUAGAAGUAGCCAGGCAUAUAUUGUAUUCAGAGAAUGUAUCAAGACGCA